AUGAUUCCACCACAAACACAGAAUUCAUCCAUCUCCUCCUCUUCCACAAUAACUAAAAUCACUGUAAAUUCUCCUCAGUACAUUCCCAUUCCAAGUUAUACCCAGUACCAUCCCGAAGAACAAUUCCGAGAGGGAUGGUAUCAAGAAAAAUCGGAAGCCUUUCUUGAUGAUUAUUAUUUGGAUGUUUGGAAUGAAUUUGGAAAUAAAACAUUGAGUAAGAGAAAUUUCAUGGUGGAUGAUGUCUUUCUUGUUCAGAUACCUCUUGAGAAUAGAAAUAAGAUCAUUGUACCAUCCAUUCAGAAGAGUAGUGCGGAUAAUGUACAAGUUUCAUCCUUAUGGGAAUCGAUUGGACGUUCCGGACAUGUAGGUCAUCAUGGCAAUCAAUUUAGAUACAUUGAUUUCGGAGGUCGUUACAGUAGAGAGUUUUUAAUGUUGGACGAGAGAAAUUCCUAUGUAUGGUUUGAAUAUUUUGAUAAUCAUUCCAUGUUUAUGGAUCUUCGGGAUUAUCAAACCUUUUACAAUUUUGCAACAACGAACAUUGGUAUUGAAAAUUAUAGAGCCCAUCCGAAUAAUAUGAUAUAUUUCAGAAAAGGAAAUUCAUUGUAUGGUUAUGAUGUAGUUAAUCGAUUUAUGGUAUCUCUGACUGAUUCGAACCAUGGAGUGGAUUUUCACUAUUGCUUAUAUGAAGGUGAAUACUUGACCUAUAUGUAUCCAUAUACGGAUGUUAAUUUCUUUGGAUUUUUCACAUCAUUGGGAAGAUUUAUGUUUCCAUCAGGUGACAAGAUAUUCAUUCUUGAUACGUUUGAAUAUGAACCGUUUUAUGCGCAAUCUUGGAUGGCUCAUGAUUCAGGAUUCACAUUAUUUUAUAUCAUUAGUCAUCAAGGUUAUUUAUUCCGAUUGGAAAAGCAUGGAAAUAAUAUUUCAAUUGUGAGAGAAGAAUCUGUGAGAGAUCGUCUCUCGUACAUGACAAAGCUACACAAAGGAACGUGUUUGUUUAAAACAAAAAGCGGAGAAUGGAUAUUUAACAGUAAGGCUGCAAAAGGUAAUUCAUUUCCCUUCCUCAAAUCGAAACAAACCUUUGGACGACUAGAAAAUCUUCACAUAUUACUUGGAUUAAAAGAGAAGGAACGUCGAAAAACAAAAAACAACGUAAUAAGAGGCCACAACAUAACAUUGGAAGAAAAUACACUUCCACUCUGCAUUGACAUCAGUGGUGAUGAAGAAAAUGUCAUUGGAUUUUUAAUGGAAGAUUAUUCGUUCUAUGUAUCGAAUUUUGCAGACUCGAAGAAGAAACAAUUGAAAUUUACUUUUACAAAAAUUGAUGUCUUUCAGUAUUUGACUUCGUUUGGGCUCACGAGACAUCAACUGACAAAACCGAGUACUUCAUUUGAGCAAAGACAGGUGAACAUUUAUUUGACUGGUACAAGUUUGAGAAAUAUCUCAAUUAGAGUGUACGUAGAAAGACGAUCCACAAUAACCAAUGAGUUACUGAGCUUUUUCGAAAAAUUGCAUAACCGAUUGAUAGAGUGUACUCUGCAGCAAGAAACUUCAAAUAUUCCCCCUUUGUGUGAUAUCGUGCUUACCACUUUUGAAGGAAAGGAAUGUUGA